ACCGCAGAGGGGAGGGGAGGCUGCCGGGAGGGCCAUCCUAGCGCCCUGCCCCCAGAGACAAUCAGGGAUUCAGGCCCUGAGGCCAGGGGGGAACAAUGGGGCCCUUGAGUGCCCCUCCCCUGCCCCUCAUUGUGCUUGGUGGCGAGAGGUGGCCCUGGCCCUGCUGCGCAGCCUCCGGGAGUUCCAACAUCUGCACAGGUGGAAGGGCUCAGAGGCAGACGCACAUUUCCUGGCCUGGAGAAGGUCCCGCCCGCCUGCCCCUAUGACCAACAUGAGCUGGAGCUUCCUGACGCGGCUGCUGGAGGAGAUCCACAACCACUCCACCUUCGUGGGCAAGGUGUGGCUCACGGUGCUGGUGGUGUUCCGCAUCGUGCUGACGGCCGUGGGCGGCGAGUCUAUCUACUCCGACGAGCAGGCCAAGUUCACCUGCAACACGCGGCAGCCGGGCUGCGACAACGUCUGCUACGACGCCUUCGCGCCGCUGUCGCACGUGCGUUUCUGGGUCUUCCAGAUCGUGGUCAUCUCCACGCCCUCGGUCAUGUACCUGGGCUACGCCGUCCACCGCCUGGCCCGCGCCUCCGAGCAGGAGCGGCGCCGCGCCCUCCGCCGCCGCUCCGGGCCCCGCCGCGCGCCCCGGGCACACCUGCCCCCGCCACACGCCGGCUGGCCCGAGCCCGGAGAUCUGGGCGAAGAGGAGCCCAUGCUGGGCCUGGGCGAGGAGGAGGAAGAGGAGGAGGUGGGCGCGGCCGAGGGUGCGGGCGAGGAGGCAGAGGAGGCGGGCGCUAAGGGGGCCGGCGGGGACAGCAAGGCUGCGGGGGUCCCGGGCCCAGCCGGGCAGCACGACGGGCGGAGGCGCAUCCAGCGGGAGGGGCUGAUGCGCGUGUACGUGGCCCAGCUGGUGGCCAGGGCGGCCUUCGAGGUGGCCUUCCUGGUGGGCCAGUACCUGCUGUACGGCUUUGAGGUGCGGCCCUUCUUCGCGUGCAGCCGCCAGCCCUGCCCGCACGUGGUGGACUGCUUCGUGUCGCGGCCCACCGAGAAGACUGUCUUCCUGCUGGUCAUGUACGUGGUCAGCUGUCUGUGCCUCCUGCUCAACCUCUGCGAGAUGGCGCACCUGGGCCUGGGCAGCGCGCAGGACGCCGUGCGCGGCCGCCGCAGCCCUGGGGCCCCCGCGCCCGUCCCCGCGCCGCGGCCCCCGCCCUGUGCCUUUCCUGCGGCCGCCCCGGGCCUGGCCUGCCCGCCCGACUACAGCCUCGUGGUGCGGGCGGCCGAGCGCGCGCGUGCGCAGGACCAGAACCUGGCGAACCUGGCCCUGCAGGCGCUACGCGACGGGGCGCCGGCUGGGGACCGCGACCGGGACAGCCCACCCUGCGCCUCCGGGCUCCCCGCGGCCUCUAGGGCGCCCCCCAGGGCAGGCGCCCCCGCGUCUGGGUCGGGCAGUGCCACGUCUGGGGGCACCGUCGGGGAGCAGGGCCGGCCGGGGGCACACGAGCGGCAGGGCGCCAAGCCCAGGGCCAGCUCCGAGAAGGGCAGCGCCAGCAGCAGGGACGGGAAGACCACCGUGUGGAUCUGAGGACGGGGCCCAGGGGCGCCGGGCUGAGGGGGGCUCCCGGGGAGACCCGCGGGCCCUCCUCCUCCACCGCCGUGGCCUCGGGCAGACCCCGCCCCAGGGGCAGCGGGGCUGCUCAUCCCCUCUCAGGCGGGGCCGGAGGGGAGAGGUGGCACUGGGUAGGGAAGGAUGGGGAGGGGGCCUGGCAGCCAGGAGGGUCCUCGGUUCCGGUCCUCAGCUCUGGUCUGACACCCCAGAGGGUGUCAGAGGGGGUUGUGCUUCUCAUACUCCCUGCGGAAACGAAUAGGGCUCCUUCCCCAGGGUCUGGUUCCUGCAGAGCCCAGGGCAAUCCUAGGUCUUCCUCGCACAGAAGGGGAAACAAGGGAGGCCAGGACCUGCAGAGGCUUCUGUGCCCAGCCGUGGUGUGCAACCGGCUCCCUGCGCCCUCCCUGCCUGAGACAGAGGCCUUGGGGGAUUCCUGGGGUGCACAGGGCCACCCCUCUCUCUGAGCUUCUUUGACACCGGGCACAGCACCUUUCUCUAGGACAAACUUGAAGUUCUGCCAAUAUGUCGACCAUGCCUUACACCUUGGACCUGCAAGGUGGCAGUCUGGGGCUGUGGACCCUGCUGGGGGAAGGGGGCUCCGGGGUUCCUGCAACGGCCUGGCCUUUCCGCCCUCCUCCCUAAUUCAGACCCAGCAUGCAGAGAAAGAGAGCAAAAUAAAACUAACUUUUGU